UAUUUUGAUGAACGUGAACUUGAAUUGCUUUUAUGUGGAAUGCAAAAUAUUGAUGUAGAUGAUUGGCAGCGAAAUACUGUUUAUCGACAUUAUGCUCCACAAAGUAAACAAAUUCAGUGGUUCUGGCAAUUUGUUCGAUCUUUGGAUCAAGAAAAACAUUCCAAAUUGUUACAAUUUGUUACAGGGACAUGUCGUGUGCCUGUUGGCGGUUUUGCUGAAUUAAUUGGUUCAAAUGGCCCUCAAUUAUUUUGUAUUGAAAGGGUGGGAAAAGAGG